CCAGCAGCGCCCCCCCGCCCCCCCACACACGGCUCUCUGCCCCCGCUGCUGUGUCAAAAGAUAAACCGGGAAACCAGCAGAAGCCCGACACUGCAGUGACAGAUCCAGAUUCAGAUCGAGCCUCUACAAUAACCACGGAGCCGCGGGGGAUAUCGGCCACGCCAGAUCUGCACGGAGGGGGAAACCUUGAUAAGUAGCCUAUUUUUUGUUCCUAUAAACUAGGGUCUGCUUGGUGUGGCAGUGGCGAUGACUUCCCCCUCUUACAGCCUUGAGACGAGCCCUCUCCUGGAGCCUGACUGUGAACAAACACCCGGACUCUAAGAAAGACUUUAUCACCGAGCCCGGCUCAUCAACGACAAUAAAGAGAGACUUUAUUGGUCACCGACAGCGCUUCUACUAGUGGGGGAAAACACAUUACUUGCUGUAAAUCAAGCCAGGAGGAUCGAGCCCAAGUGCAAGACGAAUGGUUUGGGCAUGGUACCCACGCCCCAGGUGUGCGUAUCAACCCUGGUCACAGUGAGCACGAUGGCAGUGGUGGACCUCUACCUGCUGGAGCAGAGCAUGCUGGGGGCUCGUGGUCUUCCAGGACCCAGCGUGUGGCAGUGUGUGACAGUGUUGCUAGGUGAUGUGGGCUUCCUGCUCGCACUGCGCUUCGUGUCGGCCGGCGUGGUGUCAGAGGCGCGGUCGCCGCGUCGUGGUUUUGCCAACGCCCUCUGGUUCCUGUUCCUGUCCCUGCUCCAGCUCAAGCUCUUUUUCGUCUGUCAUAACUACAGGCAGGAGCGCCGGCCGCCCGAUCCGCUGGCAAGGAAGACCCUGACGCUGCUGCUGUCCAUCUGCCUGCCCUCCCUGUUUCUUAUCCUGACGGGAGCUGACCACAUGUCCCCGCAGCGCAGGAAGCAGGAGGUGCGUGGCCGGCUCCUGUGGGUGGUGGUGGACCUGCUGGAUGUGCUGGACCUGCAGGCGGGGCUGUGGGAAGCCCAAGGAGGGACUGCAGCAGGAAGUGGAGGGGUGGUUGAGCAGAGGCUGCCCAUGUGGGCCGAGGGCCUAGUCUUCUUUUACUGCUACGCUCUCCUGCUGCUGCUGCCCUGUGUGGCCCUCACAGAGCUGGGGGCCACCGGCCUGCCAGGACAGAGGGGGCCCCGUAAGGAGGCUUUGUACCCUUGGCUUAGCUUGGUGACUAUCAAUAUCUUCACACUGGCUCUGAGGGGCACAGGCAUGCUGUGGUACAGGGACCCUCGUGUGUCCACUGUGUUCCUGGGAAAGAACCUGCUGGCUCUGGCAGUGAAGCUGAGCUCAGCCUGGGAGAGACACAAGCAGGAGCACGGUGCUGCGGGAGCGGGGACUGUGGCUGGAAUAGAACCAGGAGACUCAACCCUGCCAAGCCAGAGCUCAGGGCAGGGAGAGGGACAGACCCAGGGGAAAGCUCCUCCCUCUCAUUAUCACACACUGUCUCGCUCCCAAAGCCACACUCUCUCCCACGUCAGCCUGGAGCCCACAGACACACCCUUAGGGCCCUCUUUCAUCUCCCAUGAACUCUAGAGUCUCUCUGAACACGCACGCAUGCACAAAAGCAUGUACGCACGCCCACACCCAAAACUCAGACCAGCCAAGCCAGUAUCACAUCCAAACAGAUAACUUUCAGUACAGCAGUGAUGGGUAUAAUGCAGAGCGGUGGAAAUGCAUUUGGCAAGCUUGGCUUUCUGCACAUCUUGUUGUGCUAAGAAUAACUCAAAAUGCAUUUGUGGGCGUGUAUUUUUAAACUAAACACUGUGACCACAUUUAUCGGACUGUAAAGGAUAUUCCAGAAAUGUACGUUGAGGUCUAGUAGUGUUUAUUCCCUUCUUUAAUCUGGGCACAACUGCCCAAACUGCCUCAGAUUAGCUGAAUUUGAUGCAUCCAGAUGGCUUGAGGUUUUCUUCAUAAACAGUUUUAAUUGUGAUUUCUUGCUACUCCAUGUACAUUAUCUGUUUGGGAUUAUCUGUGGUUUCCUUAUUUGAGUUAAGCACAUGUCGUUUCAGGGAAAAAUUUGAUCAACGCUCUUCUGCCUUAAGAUGCCAAAAGACAGACUGUGACCUUUAGUGUACAUUUUCUCUGUCACUUACAGAGAACUUGCAAAGAGAAAAGUAAUAAGUAAGUAAUACAGAGGAGUGAUGAUUUAUUUUUUCCCUUCAGUACCACAGAGACACGAUUGAAAAGGCAUCCACCAGUAAAACUCACUCUCCACAGUGCUCCAGUAUUUCAAUGUCUAACCCAAUGGAACCAAAUUUUUUGGGCUUGUGAGCCUUUAAAUCAAAGUCUGCUCCCGACCCCAAGUGAUGCUCUCUUCCUUAUUUGAAUAGGUUUCAGAGGCUCGACUACGCAAAGCUAUCCAGCUUUUCUUUUUUAAAAGCAAAGGUUAAAGAAGAGUCAGAAAUAAUAGACAUGUGUAGCAAAUGUUUUUUGAUCAUAUUCUAUUGUUUAAUGUCCUGACCUUCCAGAUUCAUCUUCCAACCCCGUGGACUAAGGGAACACCAGCUGAUAUCACUUAUUAGUUGUCUAGCAGGAAAUCAGUGUAAUCAGUCAUUGUGGUGUUUGGUUGGAGUGAAAACCUGCAGACUCAUGGGCCUCGUGGUCAAACAUCCUU